AUCAUAACCUCAAACUGAAACGUCAAACAGAAGGGAAAAUAUCGCACGUGUUUUGAUUUUUGUGUUUUUUUUAUGGGAAAAUCGAGAAAAUGGAUAAGAAAAUUAAAUAUUUAGUAGCAGACACUGCGGCAUUUAUUGAAAAUGCUCCACUGCAGGAACUCGCAGAGAAUGUCAUAACAAUACAGGAAGUUAUUGAUGAGAUCAAGAACAAACGUCAGCUCCGGAGACUUGUGGUACUUCCGUUUGAUUUGAAAGUAAUGCAACCAUCCCCGGAAUGUGUUACCUACGUGCAGGAUUUCUCCCGGAAGACGGGAGACUAUGCGAGUUUAUCUGCCGUUGAUAUGAAAGUCGUGGCUUUGACGUAUCAGCUGGAGAAGGAGCAUGUGGGCACAGAACACCUCCGAAAGGAACCACUGGCAUCCAAGACACUGAUCAAGAAGCCAACUAAUGAUGAUUUGUUGAAUUGCAAAAUGAUGGGCUUCUAUAGGCCAAAAGAGAAGAGCACAGACACUGACGAGCAGCUUAAAGAUCAAUCAGAAGCUUUACAGGAUACAAAAGAGAAAGAUGAGGAGGACAGUAAUCUCUCGGAAGCUUCAGAUGAAGAAGAAUCAGACGGAGAGGAAGUCCAAGACGAGGAUCAAGCAGAAGAACAAGUUGGUCAGCUAACAGAAGACUUCAAUGCCCUCAAUUGUGAUGAAAUUCUGCGAAAACGCGAAGAUUCAGAGGAGGAAAAUGAAGAGGAAUCUACCGGGGAAGAAGAUGAGGAGGAUUCCGACAAUGAGGGCUGGAUAACCCCAUCGAAUAUUAAACAGCUAAAGCAGGACAUGGGAUUCGAUGUGAAGGAGGAGAAACCAUUGACGGUUGCCUGCAUUUCAACCGACUACUCCGUACAGAAUCUCCUCAAGCAGAUCGGCCUGAAUCUCUGUGCUCUCGAUGGGCGCGUUAUUCGACAUUCACGAAUGUUUGUCCUUCGCUGCUACACCUGCUUCAAAAUCACCACACUAAUGCACAAAAUGUUCUGCCCAAAAUGCGGAAAUAAGACCCUCAAGAGAUGUGCCGUCAGUAUUGAUGAGAAUGGUCAGCAAGUGGUCCACAUAAACUUCCGUAAACCAAUAACGGCUAAAGGGAAGAAUGUCUCCCUUCCUCUCCCCCAUGGCGGGAAACAUUCGCGAAAUCCUCUUCUUGUGGAAGAUCAACCGAUGCCCCAUCAAAUGCCAUCGAGGGUGGCACGCACGAAAACUGAUGCCCUACAUGAGGAUUACAUUGCCGGGUACUCACCAUUUGUAGCGCGAGAUGUUAAUUCCAAGUCAGCAAUGCUCCGGAAUCGAGGUCACAUUAAGGAUUGGCUGAGGAAUCACGAGUACGUCAAUAGUCGUCGCGGUGGGAAGAAGAAGUGAAUGUUGCAGCAACAUUUAGAACUUUUUGUCAAUUGGGAUGAUUUGAUGUAAAAUAAAGUUCUGCCUUGGCGAAAGAA